UAUUUAAUUGUUUAUGAAAGAACAAGGUAGAGAAUUGAAUAAAAAUUAAUUGAUUUGUUUAUUUAAAAAAAUUGGAAACGAAUAUAAUAUUAAUUAUAAUUAAUUUAGUGAAUUAUUAAUUCCUAUUGAAUAAUCUUCUAUGCAAUAAUAAAUAAAUACUACUUAAUUCUGUCAUACAUCUCCUAACAAUAAAAGAAAAUAAAAUGUUCCUAAUUCAGUAAAGUUUGCAGCUUCAUAAAGAUCUCCUUAUCAUACUCCUAAUAAAAUAUUCGGUACUACAAGCCGAUUAUAGUAAUUAUUAAGUUCCUAAUUAAAAAAUAAUAGUAAUAAUAAUAAAAGUAUUACAAAUAAUAAUAUAUAAAGAAGAAAAUAUAUGUAAGGAAACGAAGAGGAAUAUUUAGUUAGAAGUUUAAAGGAAUUUAUAAUUAUAGAUAAAGAUGCUGAUGAAUUAAAAACUUAACUUAUCUUAAUGCCUGAUUUUAAUUCCGAAGAUGCUUUUAGAAUUUUCGAUAAAAAAGGCAAAGGUUUUGUAUCUAAAAUUGAAUUAGAAAUUAACUUAAAUGAUAUAGGUAUUUAUCCUACCAAGGAAGAAAUGAUACUAUUUUUUAAAAGAUUUGAUAGAGAUAAUGAUGGUCUUUUGAAGUUUUCUGAUUUCUAGUACGCUAUAUUACCUUUUAGUGAGGAAUAUAAAGUUUUAGGGAUGUCAAAAAUGCCAAAUUUUAGAAACCCGGAUGAUGGUUUGGCUAAUUUCUAGGUCGAAACUGCUGUAUGUUUCAAAAAAUUGAUUAAUAGACUAUUUUAAGGAGAAGUAGAAGGUGAAUAUAUAAGAUAAAAAUUAAAAAAAAGAUAAUUUUUUUCUAUACAUGAAGCUUUUUAAACAUUAGACUAUCAAGAUAACGGUUUUAUUACGAUAGAUGAUCUUAAAAAUAUUCUAUAUGAAUAUGGAAUAUUUGUAAGUUAAAAUGAUCUAUUUUUACUUUUUUAAAGAUUUAAUAAAAGUUAAAAUUAAAGAAUAUAAUAUCCAGAUUUUAUGAAUGAAUUAACAUAAAAAAUACAAUGA